AUGACAAAGAAGUUAACUGCUCAGGAAAAGUCAAAUAGAAAACCAGCUAGUCGAGCUUGUACAUUCUGUCAUGAAAAACACUUGCAAUGCUCGAACGAAAGACCUUGUAAGAACUGUGUCAAGAGAGAUAUUGCCGACCAAUGCCAUGACAUAAUGCGCAAGAGGGUAAAAUACCUCACCGGUUCAAAUAAAUUGCCUUCAAAAAGGCGAAAUAAACUGUCAGCAACGUCGUCACCAGUGUUUGGUUUGUCGGGAAAGUCUUCUCCUUUGGUUCCUGUCAAGGCCGAGUUUUCACCACCGCCACCGCCUGCUCCAUCCCAGUCACCUGAAAACCCAAUCAUAAAACCAGAGCCUCAGCACGUCCCGUUUCCUCUGAUAGUUUCCGAGUCUCCAGAACCCAGUGCAGCUGAAGGAAAGGCAAGCACCGAAAAUUUUGCCAACUCAAACGGCAACUCGAAUGUCUUGAAUGGCUCAAAUGGCUCAACUGUUGAUGCAAACAAAUCUGCCCAUUUCGAUGCCGCCGACAAAAUCUUGGAGACCGAUCCGAUUCAGCUUCACACCAACACGAUGCUAAACACUACUACUGAUGUCCUCAACAAGCUUCUAAACGACCACUAUGAAAUUGACAAUUUGCUACAACCGGCGUUGGAAAAUCUCCCAGUGGCAGAAAACACGUCCAUUUCUGCUCCGGUAUCCAUGAGCCAAAACAGCAAUCAUUUCAGUUCAAAUUACCUUAAUGAAGAAUACCUCAUGUUGGGUGAUAUACUACUUCAAUCCAAGCCAACGUCGCCGUCACCGUCGAGUGCCAGUGCAUCAGAUUACAACAUGCUUACUCCCUCGUAUAUCCAGAACUUGGAUUUCGAUAGUCUACAUCUGUCAAAGAGGAAAGUGGUGCAGAAAUUGAAAGAUUCGCGGCCGUUUAUCUCGUUGGGAUUCCCCAAGGACUCGUCAAUGGGCUUGGAUAAUUUAAACAAUAUGGCCCACCAAACAGAUAAUUUAUUAGACAACAACGUUAGCGCGCGAGGCACGAAGAACAAUUCCUCCACCAACAUUGCCAAGACAAACUCGAGUCUGAAUCUCAACCAGAACUCGAACUCGAACUCGAACUCGAACUCGAACUCGAACUCGAACACAAAUCCCAUCGCACUUGUCAAUUUUGGAACCAAGUAUUCAACAGAAUACGUCUCCCCCUUGGCCACGCAUCAGAUAUAUCAAGCGGUAUCAGACAUCUAUUCCAAGGAUGUCCUAAACUUUGAGUAUCCAAACUCAUACCAUGCGUUGACCCAUUUCCUCAAGACGCGAUUUCUGGGCAAUAACCUAGCACCAGAGGAAAAAUCCGAAAAGAGACAAAGGUUCUUGGUGAUUCUCAAAUUGAUUGCCAGUUAUAGACCAACAUUUAUCAGCGCACACAAGUCCUUGCUCAAGCCGCAGGACCUACUCUUUUUGGAAAUGAGUUUCCAGCGGUGCUUGAUCGAUUACGAGAAAUUGAGCCAGUUAAACUCGUCGCCCACAAUCAUAUGGCGUCGAACAGGAGAGAUUGUCAGCAUAACCGAUGACUUGUUAAGUUUGCUUGGCUACAAGCUACUGGACAUUCUCUCCAAAAGGACAUUUAUCAUGGAGAUCAUGUACGAUGACGAAUCAAUAGUGAAGUAUUUCCAACUAUUCAAAUCGGUUGCCGUGGGCAAUCUCCAUUCGAGUAUCAGCACAAAAGUCAAGCUUAUUAAAACGAACCCCGACGACAAUGGUGCGGCUAAUAAUGGAGGGUUUGGCGACGAUCACGAAUCGUUUGUCAACAAUGUGGGCACGAAUAGUUAUAUCGAGUUUUGCUCGGUAUGGACAGUGAAGAGAGACUUGUUUGACAUCCCGAUGCUUAUCAUUGGACAGUUUUUACCAAUAUUACCUGCUGGUGACGGGGUGCGUAUGUAUUAA